AUGGGGCUGUGCUACAGCUUGCGUCCCCGGCUCUUCGGGGACCUGAGCGGCUCGAUCUCCAACGCCACCUCGGACUCGGACCAGCCUCCCGACGCCGCCGUGCCGACUCGGGCCGGGGGAGCUCGCCCGGAGGACUCCGGGGGAUGCGGGGAGACUUCGUCGCUGCGCGGCGGCGGCGGUGGAGGAGGAGGAGGAGGAGGAGGAGGAGGAGGAGGAGGAGGCCCGGUGCGCCCCGGGGACCCGGCCAGGCUCCCGGCUGAGGCGCACCGCUGCGGAGUCACCGGGACCGACGGUGUGCUCAUCCAAAACGGAGGUGGUGGUGGCGGAGGAGGAGGAGGAGGUGGUGGAGGAGGUGGUGGUGGAGGAGGAGGUGGAGGAGGAGGAGGAGGAGGAGGCGGCAGCGCUAAGGGCUCGGGAAAGGACCGCAGAGGACGGUUACAGCUGCUGCCAAAGACGAGCGCCCAAAAGCAGAAAAACUGGGACAAAUUGCCGGUGGAGGAGAGGGAGGCCGAGAAGGAGGCGAAGAGAGUCAGUCAGACCAUCGACAGGGAGCUGAGGGCGCUCAAACGGCAGUACAAACAGACGCAUCGGCUGCUGCUGCUCGGGCGACGGAAGAUGGGUUGUUUGGGCAACAGCAAGACUGAAGAUCAACGCAUCGACGAAAAGGCACAACGAGAAGCUAAUAAAAAGAUAGAGAAACAGCUGCAAAAGGAAAGACAAGCGUAUAAAGCCACACACAGGCUCUUAUUACUGGGUGCGGGAGAGUCCGGAAAAAGCACCAUUGUGAAGCAGAUGAGGAUUCUACACGUCAACGGCUUCAACGCAGAAGAAAAGAAACAGAAAGUCCAAGAUAUUCGGAAAAACGUGAAGGAUGCCAUAGUGACUAUAGUGUCUGCGAUGAGCACUUUAAUACCCCCAGUCCCGCUAGCCAAUCCAGAGGACCAAUUCAGAAUCGAAUACAUCAAAAGUAUAGCACCACUCUCUGACUUCGACUACUCGCAGGAGUUCUUUGAUCAUGCAAAGAAGCUGUGGGACGACGAAGGAGUGAAAGCAUGCUUUGAGAGGUCCAAUGAAUACCAGCUCAUCGACUGCGCACAAUAUUUCCUGGACAGAAUUGACUCUGUAAGACAGGGCGACUACACACCAACAGACCAGGACCUGCUACGCUGCCGAGUGUUAACUUCAGGGAUUUUCGAGACGAGGUUCCAAGUAGACAAAGUGAACUUUCACAUGUUUGAUGUUGGAGGCCAGAGAGAUGAAAGGAGAAAAUGGAUCCAGUGCUUUAAUGACGUCACUGCUAUCAUCUUUGUGGUGGCCAGCAGCAGCUACAACAUGGUAAUAAGGGAAGACAAUAACACCAACAGGCUACGGGAAGCUCUGGACCUCUUCCGCAGUAUUUGGAACAACAGAUGGUUACGCACUAUAUCAGUCAUAUUAUUCCUGAACAAGCAGGACAUGCUGGCUGAGAAAGUAUUAGCUGGAAAAUCCAAAAUCGAAGACUACUUCCCUGAAUAUGCUCGCUACACCAUACCAAAUGAAGCAACUCCCGAACCCGGUGAAGACCCCAGAGUGACGAGAGCCAAGUUCUUCAUCCGAGACGAGUUUCUUCGGAUCAGCACCGCCAGCGCGGACGGCCGGCACUACUGCUACCCCCACUUCACCUGCGCCGUGGACACGGAGAACAUCCGGCGGGUGUUCAACGACUGCCGGGACAUCAUCCAGAGAAUGCACCUGCGGCAAUACGAACUCUUGUGA